AUGCAGACACUGUUCUACAACAACUACAGCGUUGGUGACACAGCAUUCACUGGAGACUUGCAGAGAUUGGAGGUCCACAAUGCCAUCACCAUGCAUCCCGUCAAACGGACACCGUACCUCUACCGUCUCCACAACUACCUCCAGUCCGUCAAGAUCAACGAUCUGCACAUGAAGAUCACCUCACAGUAUCGAGAGAUCCAGGAACUCAAGGAACUCCUUCACGAAGACGGUGAGGAAUCAGUCACAGUCCUUGAUCAGGACGCCCGGCGCUACGGGAUGCCUAUAAGUCUGAAUCAGUACAUCCCGGACAGCCACAGAGACGUCAUUCCCUGGAAUUAUUUCUCCCGGUACGUCUACCACUGUUGCCAUGAUAGCCCACGUAUGGGUCUCACCCAGUCAGUCAGGACUGCCCUCAAAGACAUUGUGAUGCAGGUCAUGAAGUUGAUCAAUUCCAAUUCCCAAAAAGUUGGCAGGACAAUAGAGUACAAAGAAAUCCUGUACGGUUACUCUCGUGUCACGCCGAAUCGUGGAGCAGAUUACAUCUUAGAUUUGUUAUUGAUUUACAAGAAGCAUAGAGGAACGAGUCGCACUCUUUCUGUUCGAAGACAUGCCUAUCUUCAUCAGUCCUUUGACAGGAUAGAGUUCAAGGAGGAGGAGGAUGGUUAUGCAAGUAAUGUACCUGCAACAGGUGGAUUCCAGAGCUCACUAAGUAUCUUUGGCCAUAAGACAAACUCAGAUCCGUCAUCACAACUUGGUCGAAGCCCAGAGAGGAUAAAGGCAACUAUACACUUCAUCAUGCCUCUAUCUGGUAGGCUAGAAAUAUUCCAGCGCUUUAUGAAAAACUAUGAGCGUGUGUGCUUAAAAGCAAAUGAAAAUACAAAACUACUAGUUAUACUCUUUAAGAAAGCAAUAGACGAUCCUUCUGCAGAUAUCAUUAGGACUGUGAUGGAUCACCAGAAAGUGUAUCCUGGUAAGGAAAUGAAGGUCAUACAGGCGCAGGGAGAUUUCAGUCGAGGUUUAGCCCUGGAGCUUGGAGCCGGGCAGUACGGACCGGACGCUCUCAUGUUCUUUGUAGAUGUAGACAUGUACUUAUCGCAGGGAUUCCUCAACCGCUGUCGCAUGAACACAGACCGUCGAAAAUCCGUCUACUUCCCCGUCGUCUUCAGUCAGUAUAGCCCGGACAUCGUGUUCGGCUCGGAGGCACGCCAAGGUAGCCAGCUUGUCAUCAACAACGACGCGGGUUACUUCCGUCACUUUGGCUUCGGUCUGGUGUGCCUGUACCACGGCGAUAUGAACGAUGUUGGCGGGAUGAACAAUGCCAUCGUUGGAUGGGGGAUGGAGGAUGUGGACCUAUACGAGAAAUUUGUGCAAAGCAACAUGACAAUAUUCCGUGGACCCGACACAGGGCUGGUCCACAUAUACCACCCUGUUAUAUGUGACCCUCGAUUAGAGGCGAAGCAAUACCAAAUGUGCAUAGGCUCCAGAGCAAGCACGUACGGGAGCAAUAUACAGCUCGCCAGAAUCUUACAAGAAAUGUCGCAGAAUAUAAAAGGAGGGAAGAAGGAAGAUAGUCAUGAAGAUGAAGAUUACGAUGGAAGGUAGCAUUAACUGUAUUAAAGCAUGUAGCUAUUGUAAAGCUUUGCCAUGGUGAUUUGCCUCAAAGAUGAAUUAGUUAUAUACCUGGAUAGUAGGGAGUGGAUUUAGAACUCAUGUGGACUGUCAAUAUUCUGUCAUAAGUGCAAGGCUGCAAGCCAUAAGUAAAGAAAGCAAAAGAGGCCUACAUGCCAUACAGUAUCCCAUGAGCUAGACAUGGCAUAACACAAGUCCAGGACAUAUGAGUUGGUUACUCAUCGCAUUGAUUUAAAUUAACCCUAGAUUAAACUUGUACCACAUUUUUAUGGAGUUCCAAAUGCCAUCUCAUUUCCCAAGUGCAUGUUGUCCACAAUAUCCACAAUAUUUCAGUGAAAGAAUCCAUACCAAUGAACUUUUAUGAUGAAAUUAUCAAUUUUAACAAUAAUAAUGAGUACAGAUCAACCUUUCAUACGGUGAAUAAUUUUCUAAGUCAAGGAAUCUUUUCAGACCAGAAAAUGCAAAUAGUUUUUAAAUCUUCUAAAUCAAAAUUUUCCUUUAAGUUUAAACAGAUUUCUGUGGUCAAAAUUAGAUUUGACUCUGGCAGAUUCACCUGUAGGCGUAAAAUAAUGAACUUAAAUUAAUUCUUUGGAAAAUAAUCUUUGUGAUGAUCGAUCUUAGGAGAAUAAAACGUAGCCUUCCAUAAGUAGAGGUGUGGAUUAAGAUCCCUUGUUUCUUCUGGUCUAAAACUCUGGCUAACUUAUUCGAACUGUAACCCUUACCGGGUGUAGCUUGUGGACCCUGCAGAAAUGAUGUGGACAACAUUGUUCAAAGGCUGAUGAACUUCUGGGAGUAAUUCUUGUGGCUUUGCAGCUAAUUAGCCGUAGCUGAGUCACCAGUCUACGAAUGCAUUACCUUCGCAAAGUAUAUGUAGUCACAUACCGUCCAUUAGAACUAUUACGGCAAGAUCAUUUCUUGUGCCUAUUCGAAUUUCACACGUUUGUAUUCCAUCAAGUAGGCCUAAUCACCAUGGCAAAGCUGUUGAAAGUAUAUAUUUAUUAUUAUUGAUGCUAUUAUGCCCAAAGUUUACUUUCAAAAAGACAAUCAUUCCUCUUGUUUGAAAGUAUAGUUCAAAAUGUGAGAGGAAAAUGCAACUCUGUGGUGCGGGAGAGUACCAGAUUCAUGUGUGUGUGUCUUUUAAUGAUUCAUCUCUUUUAUGUUGAAGGGGGCCUCCACCCUAAUUAUACCAAGUUGGUUUUGAAAGAAGCAGACAUAUGAGGUGAAAUGACAAGGGAAAUUUUUUGAGAAUCUGGAUUCUGCAUCAAAUUCUUUUUAAAAAAGUGUAAGCCUUUGAUCCAUCAAAUACAUUAUCGCAAACCUGUGAUAUACAAGUUGAAACUUCCUUCCCAUUUUUUUUGUGACAACAUAUAUUUAAUCUUGUUUCAUUUGUUUCAUUUGUUAUCAAUGACAGGAUAGAAGUGUUUUAUACUUACAAAAAUUAUGUUUACAUUGAGAUUGAAUCUGAAAUGUGAAGCCUGUGGACCAGUUCCUGUUGAAGUUGAGUUAGUUCACAAUAGUUAACAGUUGGAGUUCAUUAGAUCCAUAAGAAUUAAAAGUCCGUCUUAAGCUUUAGUAAAGAGUCACUAACAUGAACUAUACUCAAGUAUCAAUGAUUAUUUCAUUAUUCCAAAAGCAUAUAAUUGAAUGCAUUUAUUUGCCAAUUAGAAUUUUAUAUGGCUUUUUCUGGCAGUUAGGACUUCAAUUUGAAUCUAGUGCUCUCUUUCAAUAACGUUUUUGUCUCACCUGCAUAGCAGAGUGAGACUAUAGGCGCCGCUUUUCCGACGGCGGCGGCGACGGCGACGGCGGCGGCGGCGUCAACACCAAAUCUUAACCUGAGGUUAAGUUUUUGAAAUGACAGCAUAACUUAGAAAGUAUAUGGACCUAGUUCAUGAAACUUGGCCAUAAGGUUAAUCAAGUAUUACUGAACAUCCUGCCUGAGUUUCAUGUCACAUGACCAAGGUCAAAGGUCAUUUAGGGUCAAUGAACUUAGACCAUGUUGGGGGAAUCAACAUCAAAAUCUUAACCUAAGGUUAAGUUUUUGAAAUGUCAUCAUAACUUAGAAAAUAUAUGGACCUUGUUCAUGAAACUUAUACAUAAGGUUAAUCAAGUAUCACUGAACAUCCUGCAUGAGUUUCACAUCACAUGACCAAGGUCAAAGGUCAUUUAGGGUCAAUGAACUUUGGCCGAAUUGGGGGUAUCUGUUGAAUUACCAUCAUAACUUUAAAAGUUUAUGGAUCUGAUUCAUGAAACUUGGACAUAAUAGUAAUCAAGUAUUACUGAACAUCCUGUGCAAGUUUCAGGUCACAUGAUCAAGGUCAAAGGUCAUUUAGGGUCAAUGAACUUUGGCCAAAUUGGGGUAUUUGUUGAAUUACAGCCAUAAAUUUGAAAGUGUGUUGGUCUAGUUCAUAAAACUUGGACAUAAUAGUAAUCAAGUAUCACUGAACAUCCUGUGCGAGUUUCAGGUCACAUGAUCAAGGUCAAAGGUCAUGUAAGGUCAAAGAACUUUGGCCACGUUGGGGGUAUUUGUUGAAUUGCCAUCAUAUCUCUAUAAGUGUAUUGGUCUAGUUCAUAAAACGUGGAAAUAAGAGUAACCAAGUAUCACUGAACAUCUUGUGCGAGUUAUAGUAGUUUUCAAAAUCAGCACUGCUGCUAUAUUGAAUUGCGUGAUGCAGGUGAGACGGCCAGAGGCAUUCCACUUGUUAUUUUUAUUAAAAAUAGUCGUUUGAGCACUACAUUUAAAGAUUUAGUAAUUGGAUAUCAGGAAAAUACUGACAAAGAUUAUAUCCUUCAAUUUUCAGCCCAUUCCACACUUGAGAUGCUGUUUUAUAUAAACAAGACAAAAUAUGGAUAUUCUGUUUUGAUCGGGCACUCAAUUGAAUUAAAAUACGGGGCCUGUUUCAUAAAAGUUAUUAAGUUACUAUUACAGUAACUUUGCCAUACAGUGAUAAGUUCCAUGAAAUCCUUGAUUCUGAUUGGUUGCUGAUCCUUGUUGCCAUGUCAUUUAUAAGUGGAUGGCGAAGUUACCAUAAAAUAAUAUACCAUGAAAAAUAAUAAAAUGAAAUACAUUUUUAGAUCAUAUCCUUCAUACCACAACCAAUUUUUUUUUUGGGGGGGCAUCUACAUGCAGAAAUGAAAUAGUAUAGUGACACUCACAUUUAGUGGGAUUUACCAAAACUGAAGACAUGCUUUAUUAAUACAUUUCAGGUAACCAGGUGCCCGCCUGUAAUUAAUAAGGGCAUAGGAAUACUCCAAUGUUAAUACCAAAAUGUUCUAUAGAGUAAAUGAAAAGGACAUAUACUGGUAUAUCACAGAUUUGCCUAUUUCUGUUUCAUUGAAAAAAGAAAUAUUUGAUUGUUUUUAUACUUGCAUGUAAAUGUAAACCUUCCUUUAUUCUUGUAAUGUCUUUGUGUUGCUUGCUUUUAAAACCAACUUCAUAUUAGGGUGGAUUUUCUCCCUUUUGUGUGUCAUUUUUUUUAAAGCAAUUGAUGAUGUUGUAAAUGACUUUAUGUAGUCCCUUAUACUGCCAGCUGCUCACAUUGUUUUCAAUUGUACAAAUUAUCAGAUGUGUUAAAGAUCUCCUUAGUUCUACUAUGUUUCUUGUUAACAUGGAUACAGGAUUUUUGCCCAAGAAAGAGAAAACCUUACUGAUUUGAACUGUUGAAGUGUACCAUUUGUAAUGAGAAAGAAAGUUAAAGCUGGAUCAUUCUAUCCUUUAAAGACUGUCACACCUGAGAAGGGUAUAUCUUGAAACAUUUGGACACAAGUAGGAUAAGAUGUGUAGGUAGGUACUUGCUCCAUUUACGUGUAGGCCAACACAUAAAUCUGUAUGCAUUUUACCAAAAACUGGCAAUGACUAUUCACAAUGACCGUUAUUGCUUGCGCUUUUUGUUUAAAAAAACGUAAUAGCCAAUCUGGGGUGAUGUUUCAUAUUUUGCUGUUUGAUCAGUAUGUAACAUUCCUCAGAUCAUGUCAGGGAAUGCCUUUUGGUGCAACAUGACGGCUUGUGUCAUCAUAUUGGGUUGUUGCGUCGGGUCGGGCAGUCGCGGAACCUGACCAUUCGAGAAUAUACGGCCCCCCCCCCUUGAUUCUCAAAAAUCGUCGGGUCCAGUUUUCCUGAUCAUUCGAUAAAAGAGCACCCUAAAAUUCCUGAAAGGACGGGUCAAGUUUACCCAUUUUUUUGCUAAAAUUAUUGAAUGGUCAGAGGUAAACGGGAUCUUACAUCUUCGGAAUUUAGGGGGCCCGAUUCUCGAAUGGUCGGCAAUAUGCGAUUGCCCAACCCGACGCAACAACUUAAUAUAAUGAUGCAUGACCCCGGGGGGGCCACUUCCAUUCACGAGUGGAUACCAUGCGCGACCAUGGGGUCUCGAAAAGCACCCUAAACACGUAAUUUCCAUAUUCUGAAAAUGCACCCCUUAACAAGUAUUGGCGUGUGAAACCCUACCCUUAACAAGUAUUGGAAACAAAACGAUACUCUUGGCAAAUAUUCCCUGAAAUGAACCCCUAAACAAGUACAAAAAUGUUUUAUUGUUACGGGUCCUUCGGUUGUCGGCUUUACCUUAUUUGGUUUAGUACGACCCCACCUUCUACACCUCGCGCAAAUCGGACUCUAAACACGAAGUGUUGAGGCAAAAAGGACAUCCUUUAUAAAACAUUUUAAUUUUGUUUUAUCAUCCCCGCAAAUUCGACCCUUAACACGUAAUUUUCCGAGCGAAAUAGAUACCCUUUUUUCAUUAUUUUUGUGUUUUUGACACCCUUAUCACGUUACGUACGUAACGUGCCCUAUCGUGAAAAAGACAUCCCUUUUACGUGUUUUUUUGGUCGCGCAUGGUAUCCACUCGUCAAUGUAAGUGGCCCCCCCGGGUGCAUGACAUAAAUCAUCAGGCAUGAUCUAGCAACAGGUUUAUUUUUCCAAGAUAGCAAUUAAUUGAAAAGCAAGUAAUGACCAAUGGAGAUAAUUAUUGCGCGCACAUUUUGUGUUUAAAAAUUAUAAAUAGCCAAUCGGAGUUGAUGUUUGAAGUUUUGCUAGUGUGCUAAUACUGGAUCAUGUUUUUAAGUGCAACAUGGCAUAAGUCAUCAGACAUCAUGAUCUAACUGGCUGCUGUCUUUAUGUUGUAAACUUCAUUUCCUGUUCAACAGGUAAACAAAGGGGGCUUGCUCUUUCAUUUUGCUAAGUACAAGAAGGUAUAUUCAGACCGACUCGAUCACUGGAAAAUCCAAUCUGUCGCACAAACUUCUUCAAGCACCAUCAUAUCCGAUUAAUGGAACUAAAGUAGACCAAUUCAAGCGCGUGCUGUAUGGCCUGAUUAGUAUGGCCCGAGCAUCCCACAGCCUUUGCACCCAACUGCUCACUGGCUUAGAGAACGUUCUCAUAAUUUGCUUUCACACUGCGAGAAUUCCUGCGACUUUGGAAAAAGUCCCUGCUACAGUUCUUUUGAUAUUUGACAAGUACUUACUAUUGAGUGGGUAUUUCCUUUUGGGAAUAUUGCAAGUAAUUUGCUUUCACACUGCAAAAAUGCCAUUUUUUCGGAUGGGGGUGGAUCAGGUUGUAUUUUUUUUCCCGAUCAGAGAAAAUUAGAUAUUCUCACAAUUUGAGGUGGUCUGAAUAUGCGUACUUGAAGAACUUUAUGAAAGUUGAGGGAAACGAACACCUGUUUGAGUAUCAAGUUGACUUUCAGGAGAGUGCCAGAAUUCAUAAGUAAUAACUUCUUGGAUGGAUUUAAUAAAGGGGUGCUCUCAGACCUCACAAUUCACAACUCGGUAUGGCUUUUUCAAAGGUAGAAAAGUGGUGUGGAGUCAUUUGUCACAGCAAUUUGCGAUCCAUUGUAAAAUUGCAAGUGUUUCUGGUCGUUUGAUCUUUAACAUAAUGAGCAUGCAACAAUAAUCUAGAUUGGCAGUUGUCAUUGUUCCAUUACUUACAAACAUUUUUUUUUUGCUCUUGAUCCAAUUCACAUUGGAAGGUUAGAAAAAGUGUCCAGAAAUGAUUGUAAAAGGGUCAAGCAUGUACAUGUAGGUAGCCAGUUAAAAUUGCAGACAAUGAACAUUUUGAAUGACCCAUUCCUCCCAAGAUCACAUGAUAAUCAUGUAUACAAACAUGAGUCAGUUAAAAAUGAUGUUAUUGUGGACCUAAUAAGUAAUUCAUUCUGUUGAUGAAAAAAAUGUAUUUUACAAUUUAUCAAAACUGCAAAUUAUGUUUUAAAGGAAUUCCUUGCAAAUCAUGAUUCUUAGCUUUAAAAAUAUGAUCACAUUAACUUAACUAUAGACUAUUAUUCAUCAAAGAUUGCGCUUCAAAUUCCUUUAUUUCUAGAUCAUACGAAUACUCUCUGAAUGUCCUCAAGUUUUAACUUGAUUUUCUCAUGGAAAAACUGGUCCUAGGUUUGGCUUGAUAUCAUCCAGAGCCCUCUGUCAUAUUUGCCUGUCAAAAACAAAUUGUGCAACUUUAAAGGACAAGUCCACCCCAACAAAAAGUUGAUUUGAAUACAAAGAGAAAAAUCCAACGAGCAUAACACUGAAAAUUCCAUCAAAAUCGGAUGUAAAAUAAGAAAGUUAUGACAUUUUUAAAUUUCGCCUAAUUUCACAUAAUAGUUAUAUGCACAUCCUGGUCGGUAUGCAAAUGAGGGAACUGAUGACAUCACUCACUCACUUUUUCUUUUGUAUUUUAUUAUUUGAAAUAUGAUAUAUUCUAAUUUUCUCCUCAUUGCCUUGUGAACAAAGUUUUAUUUCUCACUGAUCAUGUGGAGUUACCAUUGCUUAACAUUAUAUGGUUCAGUCAAGUUGGUCCUUAUUGUCAAAUCUGUAAAAAUUGAAAUAUUGUAUAAUUCAAACAAUAAAAAACAAAAGAAAUUGUGAGUGAGUGACAUCGAUUCUCUCAUAUGCAUGUGACUAAAUUGUGCAUAUAACUAUUUUGUUACAAAUAAGCGAAAUUUCAAAAUGUCAUAACUUUCUUAUUUUUCAUCCGAUUUUGAUGAAAUUUUCAGCAUUAUGCUUGUCUGAUUUUUCUCUGUUGAUUCAAAACAAUUUUUUCUGAGGUGGACUUGACCUUUAAUAAACUUGUCUAACAACAGAGGGCAGUAUUCAUCCAAAACUACAAUUUAAACUUUUGAGCCUCAGAGCUCCAACACAUUAGUACUGUACAUUUACACAUCCUAUUUAUAUGUAUUUUUUUUUUUCAUUUUUAAUUAUGUUUUAGUUUGUGAAUCAAUUGCUGUAUUUGCAUUCUAAUAAGACAUGAAUCCCGGUUGUUACUUUGAUGUUGUAUUGACAUGGAUAUUUUUGUACAAUAAAAAACAAGCAACUGGUUUGUUCAUAGGAAUAUUUUAUCUUGAAAGUUGUAAAUAAUACAUUUGAAUUUUGUAAGAUACACAAAAUUAUCUAUGUAGGAAAAUUUUAUAACAAAAUAGGGGCAGUAGGAUAGAUGAGAUAGGAAUUACAGAAAUAGAUGAUUCUGUUUUUCUUUUGGAGAGAGAAAGAAAGUAGGAGAGAUCCAUACCAUGAGCAAUAGACGAUUUUUUGAGUAUUAUGCCCCAAUUACAUGCCUCAAUUUAAUCUCAGCCUUUUAGCUGCUACCCAAUCAACUCGCAGUAAACAUCAAUCAUUCAUCACAGUAAAUGAGGGCAAUUAAUAGUCCAAUGCAGAAAUAACCAGUAUUAAAUACAUGUAUGCAUGCUUAUUCGGUUAAUUUCUCCUCUUAUUGUAGAGAUUGUUCAAUAUUUUUUAUUAUAAUGAUGAUAAUUUGAAAUUAUGUUGAAAUGAAAAGUACUAUAAAUAUAUUUUGUAUUGAAAUCACUCUUGGCAUUUGUGUAUGAUACAAUUUUUUCCCACUCUUAUCCAUGUUCAAUAUUUCCAUUGAGUAAUUUUGUUCAAUCAAAACAAAAUAGGCCUACAUUGUACAUGUAAGGGAAACUGUGUUCUCAUCUACAUGUAAUUAUUGACAUCUUAGAUGUAGACGGAAUACAAACAAAAAUAUUUCCUGUUUUCCAUGAUCUUGUAAGAUAAUUAUAGCAUUUUAAUCAUUUAAAUCUUACACAAGUGCAUUUAUACACUAAUACAGAAGACAAAAUUGCUCUUUCUCAGUUCUUAUUAGAAAUUCUUAUUGAAAUGAUUACUUCUCUGAUAUAAAUGCAAUUUAUUCAUUACUAAUUGCACAUGGUUUGGGGUGUUAUUAUCAAAAUUUAUAUUAAUUAUAAUAAUAUUUGGUAAUAUAUGUGACUAAAAAAAAACGGUGGAAAAGGUGCUACUUCUCUGUAUUUUGGUAUUCCAAUUAUCACAUUUAGGAUCAUUCAAAUAUAUUUUCUGUGCCUUAAGGCCUUGGUAAAAUACAGCAAAGGUAAAGUAUAUAUCAUCUCAACGAGCACUAUGCUUCCUUAUAGGAGGAUUACAUAGAUAUUGAAUUGAGAUACCAUUCAAAUUCUUGGCAUAUAUUACUUAUGAUAAUUGGAAUAUUUCUUCAUCCUUCUUUUUCUUACUUUCUUCUUUUAUCUCCCUUAGUUUUUAAAUAUUUGCUGAUGACUGAGUUUUAGGUAUGAUUAUCAAUCCCUAGUCAAAUUUCAAAUUUGUCCAGGCCUUGAUUUAUUAUGUUAAGUUUAUAGUCAACACAUUCUAGGUACUACCGUCAAUGGUGAUAAUGAAUUGUUUUAUAAGGAGAGAUUCCAUAAUGUUAUGGUUGACUUUUAACUUUUAUAAAAGUUAUGGUUGACUUUUAACUUUUAUUAAAGUGAUUGAGCAUUGAGUGUAUAGGUACAGUGCUUAUCAUCAUUAUGAGCGUGCAAAUGGCCUGUCUCAUACAAGAUUCUGAGAAAAUUCAGAGAAAAACACAUUAAAAGUUUUACCCUUUUUGACUGGUGAAUUUGGAUCCUCCUUUGGAAAUACUCUACAUGAUUUUCUACUAUCAGGACUGUGAGAGACUUCAUAAAAUUUGGAGAUUAAAUUUCACUGUUGAUAGAUUCUACAUGUAGUAUAUAACUUUUCAAAAAUGCAUGAAAAUACAUAUUGAUUUUGACCCAAUUUUUGACAGUUUGUUGGUUCUUUUUAAAAGCCAACAAUGUCUUUGACUAACAAGUCAUUUGUUAUCAUGUGAACUCCAUUGAUGGUAUGAUGAUAACAAUUAUACUUGCUUAUGUGUAACUGUAACUUUUAAUAUGAGAAGCUCAUGAGCACUUAAUAAUAAGCAGUAUUACCCUACCAAAGUGAUAAAUUGGUGGAACAUGGAUAUUUUUUUUACCAUUUCAAUCAUGUUUAUAAACUGCAGGGCUGCUACAUGUAUGUGAAUUCUUGUAAUGGCUUUUAUUUGUUUAUUUCCUUCCAAGACUUGAAAGGUAAUUUACUUUGUAAUGGUGUAAACAUUUGAGUUAUACUUUUCAAAGAUUAAUAUGAAUGUCUCAAUUGAUUUGGGGAGAUAAAGUGAAGAUCUGUGGAAAUGUUUGAGAACGAUACUAACGGUACCAACACUCGAUCCUUCCAACAGUUGUGCUGAAAGUUCUCUCAGGGUGAAAAAAAUAUUGACAACUCAUAAGCUACACAAUGUAUUUUUUUUUUCUUGUGGUUGUUUCAUAAAGCGUAUGACUUUACACACAGGUUGGUGUUAAUUUCUUAGAGGGCUGGUUCGGAAUAAUGUAAAGAUAAGGAUUGGGGUUUAUUUAGUUGAGAUUGGAUUUUAUGUUUGGCUGAAUGUGCAGACUUUCCAUCUGAGCGAUUGUCGCCGGAGCAAAUGUCAUGGAACUGACUGGUGACCCUUUCUUGCGCUAAAUGAAAUAUCCCAACGUUAUGUAGUAGCUGACGGUGGUCAGCUAAGUCAGCUACAAAGAACGUUCCAUUCAUGCAUAACUAACAUUACAAACAGCUUUAUAAAUCGCUCACCUGGUGGGUGUUUCAUGAAGCUGUUUUUAAGUUAUGAGCGACUUUACGAACGACUUGUGACCCUUUCUUUUGAACUAAAUCAACACCAAUGGAAAUCCGGUGCUUACCUCAGGAAAGGAUCAUCGCCAAGUGGCUCCUAACGAACAGCUUCAUGAAACCAUUUCCUGUUUGGUUUGUUUUCAGCACAUAUCAUAACGCUCUCGUUAUCCAUAUAUAUUUUUCAUGUUGACAUGGUUAUUUUAUUAUUUGUUUGUUAAUUACAUGCUCACAAUACUCCCUGCAGGUAUGUCUUUAAUAGUUAUGUUUGGAUUUAAGAUUACUAAUAUUGGACAGGAUAGGGGCAUCUAGUGAGUCAAUGUGAAGGUAAGAAAUCCCAGGAACUCAAGGGGGCGCUAUUGGCUAGUUAUGUUACACGUUGCACUCGCCGUCAUCUUCAUUACGAAAAUCGUCUGCGUAAUUUGCAUACAGCUAAGGCCACUUCAAAAAUUCUAGAAGGAGGUGUAGCAAACCUGCAAGGAUCACCGAACAGCAGCCAAUCGCAUACGCAAACUGAGAAUCGUCUUGAGUUCGGGCAUUCGAACCCUAGCAUCUGCGUAAGCAUUAUGUUGGUGUAAACAGGCAGGUGAUGCCGUCCGCCGCGCAUACGUAUGUCCAAAAAUGCCCUCAUGACUCGUGGGAGAGAAUACCUGUAAUGUACUAAGUUAUUAAUCUGUUGUGAUGUAAUAUGGGAUUUUUUUUUUUAGUUAGCCAUGUCACAUUUUAGACUAAUCUAAGGCACCCAACCAAAAUUCCUGGGCCUUUUAGCAGUUAUCCAACCAUAAAGGUGUAGAGCAUAUUUUACAAUAGCUUUCAUGCUCUUCCCAUUGGUGACAUGUGAGGGCUAGCCAUGAAAAGACGCUUGCAGGAAUGGUUCAUCUCUGCUUUUUGGGGGAAGGUGCCUGAACAUUAUUUGUUUUAUUAUGUUACUUCCAACUUCCCGCACAUAUUACUUUGGUAUUAACAAUUUGAUGUUUCUAUUUCACCUUGAUCAUGUCAGAAGUGGUGAUUGAAAAUAUGAAAAAAAGAUGCUGAUAUAUAUUUUAUGAUGUUGUGUACAGAAAUCAAGAUUACGAUAAGGCAGUGAUUGUUAUACUAUAUACUUGUAUUAAAUUCACCGUUCUGUGUAUAUGUUUAAAAGAAUCAACCUCA